AGCAAGCGCGGCGGCGAUUGGCGGGACGUGGGCGCGCGCGGCGGCGGGGUGACGGUUAUUGUUUGAGCGGAGAGUGGGCGCGAGGCGGCGGCGGGAGAGAGAGCGAGAGCGGACAGCAGCGGACAUGGCUGGCGGGAAAGCUGGGAAGGAUUCGGGAAAGGCUAAAGCUAAAGCAGUUUCCCGCUCUCAAAGAGCAGGAUUACAGUUUCCUGUAGGUCGUAUUCAUAGGCAUUUGAAGACUCGUACUACCAGCCAUGGACGAGUGGGUGCUACAGCUGCCGUGUACAGUGCAGCAAUCUUGGAGUAUCUCACUGCUGAGGUGUUGGAGUUGGCAGGAAAUGCAUCGAAGGAUCUGAAAGUAAAGCGCAUUACGCCACGUCACUUGCAGUUGGCCAUCCGAGGUGAUGAAGAGCUGGAUUCACUGAUCAAGGCAACCAUUGCUGGUGGUGGUGUGAUCCCUCACAUUCACAAGUCUCUGAUUGGAAAGAAGGGCCAGCAGAAAACUGCAUAAAGCUCAGUUUUGAACCUACCCUCUUCCUCCCUGCUGUCGUACUGUAAUUUGGACAGAAGAAACCUGGGGAUACUUGGCAUAUUUUUUUUAAAAGAGUAGUUAAAAUGAAAUGGGAGAGUUUUAGCAGAUAAAUUUAGUGUUCAAUAUAAUCUGAAAGAUCUGUUUGUAUGUCCUACAGUUUAGAUUUGAAGCUGUAUGAAAAUAUAACUAGAAAAUACAGCUGUUUGUCAACAACUAGGUUACAUAAGUGUGUUUUAUACAAUAAAACAAUUCAUAAAACCAUUUUAUAAAAA